CAACAGCUCCGUCAUCUUGACUGCUGAUCUACAAGUCGGGGCAGGUCGGACAAAGAAUCGCAUAUUUUAACCCCAGGCCGAAGUUACAGUGCUCUGGACAGCGUGUGCAGUGCUUGAUGGAUACUUACUAUCCCGAAACAAGACUGUUUGGUGGCGAUUAUGCUUUUGACUUUUGUAGUCUGUUUCCUGCUCAACAACUUUUGACAAAUCUAGCGUCUAAAGCAAUAUUACAAUCAGGAUAAGGACAGCGCGCACUUUUCCAUCCCAGUGAAAAACAGCAUAGAGAAAGGAUGUUUAGUCUAACUGAAGUUGCCUCCCUUAAUGACGUCCAGCCGAAGUACCGUAUUCUGAAACCAUGGUGGGAUGUGUUCAUGGAUUAUAUUGGAGUAAUAAUGUUGAUGUUAGCCAUUUUUUCUGGGACUAUGCAGUUAUCCAAAGACCAAGUGGCAUGCCUUCCCAUUCUUGAGAAAUGCAUAAAUCCUGAGGCAGCACAAAAUCGACUAGUAUGUCCCACAUCAGUUCUGGGCUCUGCACCCUCAACAACCACAGACCUUCCUGACAGUGUUGCAAAUGAACUCCUUACCACUCAACCUACCCACUUAAAAAGGGAAGAUAGGUGGUCUAAACCCAGAGGACGACAAACAAAUCUGGACUUUCAGCAGUAUGUUUUUGUCAACCAAAAGUGCUACCAUGAUGCCCUACCGUGGUACAACAAAUACUUCCCAUACCUUGCCCUCAUACACACCAUAAUGCUAAUGGUAAGCAGCAAUUUUUGGUUCAAGUACCCAAAGACCAGCUCAAAGAUUGAACACUUUGUUUCCAUUUUGGGGCGGUGCUUUGAAUCACCAUGGACAACGAAAGCUUUGUCUGAAACUGCUUGUGAAGAUUCUGAGGAAAAGCAGAGAUUCACAGGUGGUGUGGUUUUCCAGAAACACGUAUCCUCGGAUGACAACAGUCAGUCUACACCUUUAAUGGACACUCCAAAGGUGCAGUUUCCAACUGAAAAGCUUAUUGCAGAAGCUCCUAGCCUGACCACCUUAGACAAAAAAGAUGGAGAACAAGCCAAGGCUCUUUUUGAGAAAGUGCGAAAAUUUCGAGUCCAUGUAGAAGACAGUGACUUCAUCUAUAAACUCUACGUGGCUCAGACAGCGAUAAAAGCACUAAAGAUCGUUUUGAUCUUGAGCUAUACAUCAGCAUUUGCCUCAGAGAUCAGUUUCAGCCACAUAUGCCGUCCUGAAAUUGAAAGUUUGAUCGGGUAUGAUCAGUUCUUUUGCACGCACAACAUGGCAUUCAUGUUGAGGAAACUUCUUUUCACUUUUAUGGCUAUGAUAUGUCUCUAUGGACUGGUGUGUUUGUAUACACUCUACUGGCUCUUCAGGAGACCUCUUAAGGAGUACUCUUUUGAAAAAGUCAGAGAGGAAAGUAGCUUUAGUGAUAUUCCUGAUGUCAAAAACGACUUUGCGUUUCUUCUACACAUGGUCGACCAAUAUGACCAGUUGUACUCCAAACGAUUUGGUGUAUUUCUCUCUGAGGUGAGUGAGAACAAACUACGAGAAAUAAGCCUUAACCAUGAAUGGACGUUUGAAAAACUACGUCAGCAUGUGACUUCCAAUGCUCAGGAUGAACAAGAACUUCACCUCUUUAUGCUGUCGGGACUCCCUAAUGCUGUAUUUGACCUCACCGAUCUAGAAGUCCUCAAGUUAGAGCUUAUUCCUGAGGUCAGGAUUUCAGCUAAGGUUUCUCAAAUGACCAGCCUACGAGAACUACAUCUAUAUCACUGCCCAGCUAAAGUUGAACAAACUGCUUUCACUUUUUUCCGUGACCAUCUGCGAUGCCUUCACAUUAAGUUUACUGAUGUAGCAGAAAUCCCAUCAUGGAUUUAUCUGUUGAGGAGCCUAAAGGAACUGAACCUGAUUGGCAACUUGAACUCUGAACACAACAAGAUGAUUGGUUUGGAGUCACUUAGAGAUCUGAGACACUUGAGGACAUUGUACCUCAAAAGCAAUCUCAACAAAAUACCAACUAAUCUAACAGAACUUUCACCACAUCUCACCAAACUGGUGAUACACAAUGAUGCAACUAAAUUACUGGUACUGAACAGUCUCAAGAAGAUGACGAGCCUGGUUGAUUUGGAGCUCCAGAACUGUGAUUUGGAGAGGAUACCCCAUGCAAUCUUUAGCUUGGCUAACUUGCAAGAACUGGAUUUGAAGAAUAAUAAUAUCCGGACCAUUGAGGAGAUCAUAAGCUUUCAGCACCUGAGAAGAUUGAUGUGCCUCAAGUUAUGGUACAACAAGAUCACUGCUAUUCCAACAUCGAUAGGCUUAGUGAAAAGUCUGGAGUCUCUUGUUAUCUGUCAAAAUAAACUAGAGACCCUUCCUCCAGCUUUGUUUCAUCUGCCCAAAUUGAGGCACAUUGACCUCAGCCACAACUGCAUCUCAAGUAUACCAGUGGAGGUUGGAUACCUUCACAACCUUCAACAUUUCGCGAUCACUGGGAACAAGGUAGAGGUUCUGCCUAAUCAACUGUUUAAAUGUUCAAAACUAAAGGUUUUAUGUGUGGGUCAGAACAGCAUCACAUCCAUCCCAGAGGCGAUUGGGCAGUUAGUUCAGCUGUCCCAUCUAGAGCUCAAAGGGAACUGCUUAGAUUGCCUUCCAUUCCAGCUUGGCCAGUGUCGCCGCCUUCGGAAAAACCUCCUUUUUGUGGAGGAACAUCUUUUCAACACACUGCCUCUGGAGGUCAAGGAAAGUAUCAGUACUAGUGAUUAAUGGACUGAUGGAUAUUUAAAUUCUGCAAGAAAUCUUUAAAAAUUUCUAUGGGCCUGUCAUCAAAAAUAUGGUCUAAAAAUGGGCCUCAAAGACAGGAUGCAAAUACACAUGUUGCAAAGAACAGGGUUGUGUUUGCUUCUGCUUGCCAUUUGUUUCAGUUAUGUCCUGUUAUACUUAUACAUUGUGUUAUUGACAUAUAUAUUUUUUUUCUUGUCAUAUUGAAUAUGCAGGCUAAUGCAUAUUGUAAAGAGACAGUGCACCCAAAAAUUGCCAUUCUGUCAUUAUUUACUUGUCAUCCCAAACUUGUAUGACUUGUAUGACUACUGUGGAACAAAAACAGAUAUAUUGAACUGUUUUUGUCCAUUAAUGGGGUCCCAAACAACAUCCAACCCUACUGACUUAAAUUGUAUGGACAAAAACAUAAACAGAAUGACCAUUUCUGGGAGAACUUUUCCUUUAAGUAUUGAAAGGUCAAGUAUGGAAAACUUCAGUAUUCAGUGAGGUCUUUUAACUCCUUAGAUAUGGAAACAAUCCCAACUUAGAAUUCAUUUAAGUUUUUUUUUUUACAACAUUAAACAUGUAAAUGUAUCUCUAGAUUUGUCCUUUAAGUUUAGGAGCUUCUCUUUUCAGCAUUUUAUACACUUCAAAAGACAAGAUCCGACAUGAUGAAAGAUUUGAUGAAACACCUUUUCCCUGUAGCAAUAACAGCAAUAUUGCAACAUGCUUUUGAGUUGGAGAAUGUGUUUUUGUAUUUUCUUUGUUAAAGAGUGAAAUGUUUUGCGGUAUUGUGCUGAUAAGAGGCAUGUCAAGGACUCAGUACUGCCAGAAUGUGUGUGUGUGUGUGUGUACACCCUGCAACUCAUGAUUAGAACCACAGUGACCUUGUAAAGCUGCCCUCACUUUACUCUUGUCUUGUCAUUAUGAUUAUAUCUUAGAAGCCAGACACUUGUCAUAGAACAUCUCGAACAACUCCCCCUAACAUUCUCUGUUGUGUAAUUAUUAAUUCCUUAUAUUUUCUGUUCUCUGAUUAUUAAAUGUGUAUGAACAAGACAAGUUAUAGUGUUUUUAAAAAGCAAUUAGAUUAACCAUCAGCUUUAGCAUUAAGGGCUAAUAUUACAAAGAACACUACCUGAAAAGAUUGUCUUGUUUUUGUAUUUCAACUGAUUUUGGCUUUGCAUUUAGACCUAUUUUGCAUAUUCUAAUUUACUGUAGUAGAUUAAGUAAUUCAAUUACUACUCUGUUUCCACUUGUUUACUUUCUUUUAUUUUUAACACCCUUUUUAAUAUUUGGUUUAUAGAGGAUUAGCCCACCCCCUUCUGUUUGGUUUUACUGUUGUUUCCUGUAGACAUUUCUAUCUUGAUAACACUGAGCCCCUUGGUUCAAUACAGUCUGCAAGUGUUUGUGAAUGGAUGAUUGUUCUUAUAUUUAAACACCUUUUAGCAAUGGGUGUGACUGAAGCUGAAUGUGAUAUUAUAAACCUUCUGCUUAAAUUUAUAUUCCCACAAACUGUUCAGGAUCUACCAACAAAUCCACCAGUUUCUUUCACUUGACUAGUUCUGCUUCAUUAGAGAGGACGAUUCUGCUUUCUGCACAUAUCCUAGAAUCACUAGUCAUUUACUCUAAAGUUGAAUCUAGCACUGCGCAUUUGCAAAUAAAUUGUUAAAUUCAUAGCUGAACAUACAAGAUAAAGAUGACCAAAACAUUUUAUUCUGAACAGCAAAACUGUUCAUAGUGAUUUACAAUUUGUUUUUUGUUUUGUUUUGUUUUUUACAUAAAUUACCUAAAAAGGUUUAUACACAAAAAUAUAUGAACCGUAAAAAAUGGCCUACACGAGUAACAGUUAAUGUUUCUUUUUUUUUUUCACACGUGGCAAACUUACAGAUUAAAGAUAAUCAAAACAGGGUAAUAAAUGAAAAACCCAAAUGUUACCAGAAAUGGUAUAAACAGGGAGUUAUGACAUGCAUACUGUCUGAACUGCUAAUAUCAAUAUGGGUUGUUUCACAUAAUAACUGGUGUGUUGACAUGAGUUAAAAUUCUGAAGUAAAUAUAUAGUCUUCUUACAUUUCUACACAUGCAUCAUAUGUGCACCUUUUAAAAAUCCAUGGAUGAGACAAAACAUUUUUUUGUUGGUUUUCAAAUUAAAAUGGCUUGACAUAAAAUCCA